CGUCACCAACAAUCAUUUGUGCCAUGUCAUUAACCAAAAUACCAUAAACAUAUUAGAAUAAAAAGAAACAGAAUUAUGUCCAAGUUAGUUGAAGUCCCAGUUCUAAUGCCAAACUUGUUGAAACUUUUUCGAACUCUUGUGCCCAAAUUGACAAAGGAGAAAUAUAAAGGACAGUAUGGUCGAAUAGGUGUAGUAGGUGGUUCCUUGGAGUAUACAGGAGCGCCCUACUUUGCAGCAAUAAGUUCAAUGAAAAUCGGUGCUGACUUGGCUCACAUCUUCUGUCAAUCAAAUGCCGCCACAAGUAUUAAAUGCUACAGUCCUGAUCUAAUCGUACACCCUGUGCUAGAUAAAGAGAAUGCUGUGGAGCUGACAAAACCUUGGAUCGAACGGCUACAUGUUGUUAUUAUCGGACCUGGGCUAGGAAGAGAACCAAAAAUAUUGAAAACUACUGCCGCUAUUAUGAAACUCUGUCUUGAUGCGGAAAAGCCUCUGGUAAUAGACGCUGAUGGAUUGUUUCUAUUGAACGACGAAUUUGAUAUGGUGUGUGGACAGCGAAACGUUGUCCUUACACCCAAUGACAUUGAGUUCCGUAGAUUAUUUGGUGAGGACGUUCUUGUCUCGCAGGACAAGAUAAAUCGACUUGGAGAUGGAGUUGUGGUUUUAAGAAAAGGCGCAAUAGAUAAAAUUUACAUACCACAAACUAAUGAAGUUCACACAUUGCCUGAAGGCGGUUCAGGACGUCGGUGCGGUGGUCAAGGAGACUUGUUAUGUGGAUCUCUGGCAACGUUUCUUUGUUGGUCCUUACAAACAAAUCAACAGAAUCCAGCUUUCUUGGCAGCUUGUGCAUCCAGUUACUUUAUAAAGACACUAAAUUAUGUAACGUUUCAAAAACUGGGAAGAAGUUUAAUGGCAAGCGACAUGAUUAUUGAAAUGCCAACUGUUUUUAAGAAUGAAUUUGAAAAUACUAAAGAAGAUCUACCUUGUGACUAAUAAAAUUGAUCCAAAUCUA